AUGGCGGUAUUUGGUUUGGUAUCGUCGGUGGCGGGCUUCGUGAAGGUCCGCUACCUCAUCGACAAAGCUGUCAUCGAUAACAUGGUCUUCAGGAUGCACUAUCGCAUCACAUCAGCCAUUUUGUUCCUCUGCUGUAUUCUUGUCACCGCCAAUAACCUUAUUGGCGAACCGAUCUCAUGUAUCAACGACGGAGCCGUACCUGGCCACGUCCUGAACACCUAUUGCUGGAUUACCUACACGUUCACUCUACCAAAUUCACCUGCCCGAGGCAUCGCACAUCCCGGCCUUGGAAAUGACUUCGAAGAAGAGAAACGCAUCCAUGCCUACUACCAAUGGGUGCCUUUCAUGCUGUUCUUCCAAGGUCUGCUUUUCUACGUGCCUCACUGGAUUUGGAAGAACUGGGAAGAGGGCAAAGUCCGCAUGAUCUCCGAUGGUAUGCGAGGAACCGCUGCCAGCAUUGCUGACGACAAGAACAACCGUUUGAACCGGCUUGUCCAGUAUUUGGUGGAUACUAGACACAUGCACAACACUUAUUCCUUCGGUUACUUCUUCUGCGAGAUUCUGAACUUCAUCAACGUGGUCGGAAACAUUUUCUUCUUGGAUACCUUCCUCGGAGGUGCUUUCUUGACUUACGGUACCGAUGUGGUGAAGUUCUCUAACAUGAACCAGGAACAACGAACUGAUCCUAUGAUCGAAGUCUUCCCAAGACUGACCAAGUGUACAUUCCACAAAUUCGGAGCUUCUGGAACGAUCCAGAAACACGACGCUCUCUGCGUAUUGGCCUUGAACAUUCUCAAUGAGAAGAUUUUCAUCUUCCUGUGGUUCUGGUUCAUUAUCCUAUCAGUAGUAAGCGGUUUGGCCCUGGCGUACUCUGCAGCAGUGAUCCUUUUGCCAAGCACUCGCGAGACGAUCCUAAAGAGACGUUUCCGUUUCGGAACACCAGCUGGAGUCGAAUCACUUGUUAGGAAAACUCAGGUGGGCGACUUCCUACUCCUGCACCUGCUAGGACAAAACAUGUCACUGCGCGUGUUCGGUGAAGUACUGGAUGAAUUGUCACGAAGGCUGCACAUGAACUCCAACGCACCAUCGGCCCCCUCCACCCUCGAGAUGGCCCCCAUCUACCCGAACAUUGACAAGUACGCCAAGGAAACAGAGACGUAA